UGUGCCGUCUGCUCUCUAAACAGUCGGCCAGUGUUUGCGGCGGUAGCUUUGGCUACGCGAGCCAGGCUCACAAGCGGCUCACUCACUCCCCACACACUCACACACACAACUCGCUGACUGGCGAACCGGUGCUGACGUCAUCCGCAUGGUGCGCACGCAUCGCUUCGCGAAAGAUCCAAAGCAGACGACACAUGCUGUAGGGUGUUCAAUGUUGUGUUGCCGGCCGAAACGUAUGGACGUAAUGGAACUACCAGCAUUUGGUGACCGUGUGUUCCAGGCGGACUUUAUUACUAAAAAGCGUUACCGACGGGGCAAAGUGGAGUAUCUGGUCAAAUGGAAAGGAUAUUCCUCAAAACACAGCACAUGGGAGCCCAAGGAAAACAUUCUGGAUCCUCUGUUGAUAGCGGAAUACGAAGCCAAGCGAAUGGAGUGGCGAAAACGACAGAGGCUUAUUCGCAAAAGACGGAAUCAGCGCGAGGAGAGCCCGCCGUCGAGCUCAGCGUCCAGUGAAGAGGAUGACAGUGAGCAUGACUGCACCGCCUCUGCUACUGGCAGCCGCAAGGUGGCGCCAGAGGAGGAGUCGGAGGCCUGUCACCUCGUGACCAAACGCCCCUCCUGGACCUACAACCCAGCCGGCGUGAGGCGAGAUCACUCCGUUAUGUCUGACUGCAGUGACCUGACAAUAGGUGAGAGUGCUGAACCGAAUGCAGCGGCAGGAGACAACAACAACAACAGCGACACCCGUCGCCGAUCCUCGCACAACGAUGACGACUUGGACACAUCCGCCGGCAGCGAGAACAGGCAUAUCACUACGACAACCUGCACGAUAACGUCGGCAGUUGUUGGUGCAGGGGAUUCAGACGAUGUCUUCAUUCCCGACGACAACUUUGCCACGGCCGAUGCAGGUGCACGCGAUGAUGACACAAAGGUCAAGCUAGAAGAGUUGAGGAGCCCUGCCGUGGCGGAGGUGAAGAGUAAAGACAAAUGGCAGAGAGACUACUUCUCCAGUUGUAAGACGGGUUAUCAGGACAGUAUCAGUGACGUCACACCUGCCUCGACUCCUCCUCCCCCUCCUCUGUCCCCCGGCGCGAAGUCCGUUUCCCUGCAGUCCGCAUCGCUCGCGGAGCGCCUCGACAACUUCUCCAUUCUGGUUGCGGCAGCGGACUCACUGGAGAAGCAAGAUAACUACAUCGCCGAUCGCCGUAAAGACCAUCAAAAUAACAACCACAGCGUCUGCAACAACAACGCCACCAUUAUCGUCACCAACAGCAAGAAUGGCAAUAGCUGCAGCGGAGCGGCGCAGCCUUUCUGGGGUGUUCCGAUGGACAUCGACGACAGCGAGUGCAGCCGUCAUGCCGCCGAUAGCACCUUCUCUCGGCCCCGGACACACCUGUGGUACCCACCGUCAGACGAGCCUCCUCUGAAAGUAACUGUCACGGACGUCACCUGUAAUUGUCUCCGUGUGACAAUCGUGGAGAGCCCGACGGAAAGAGGCUUCUUCAAGAACUAUGGCAACACCUAAAGAGCUAUCGCAGACACUUUUCUCAAGAAAAUCGCUCCAGCAGACAUAUUACCCGCAUAUCGCGCGUAUAAUGUGGCCUUUUUGUGGCGACAAAGGACCACUGGCUACGUCACAUGACCAUUUGGUUACUACAGUGGACCACUAGGUACAAUAAACGAACCAUUGGUGACGACAAAAGACCACUGGUUACUGCACAGGCCACUCGCGGAGUCCAGAUAUCGUGACUGGUCGUGGCUGUCAGUGACCGAAGCUAAAGAGAAAGGAAGUGUGCGCGUGUGAAGGAAUUUUAUCAGAUUCUCGGAGGAGGCUGUAUCGGACAUCUUGAUACCAUGACAAUAUAUUUUUGAACGAGAACUUUACUGGAUAUCGUCAACACAGGAUGUAGUAGACCUAUGAGAUGACAGUCAAUGUUAAUUCCAUUUCUUCCCCAAAGAAAAACACUUAGAUCAGAGGUUCAGUGUCACAUUUAUUAGGAAAACAAAUAGUUUUAGGAGGGCGGGAGGUGUUGUAAGGGUGAGUGGGUUUGAUAUAUUCUUCUUGUUCCUAAUCACCCUCAGUGGCGCAUAGGGCCGCAAUUUGUAUUUUUGGUUUCUGUAGCAGGGGUUGUUUUAUAGGGUGGAGUUGCUAGCCCCACGCCCCAAGCUCCUUAAUCCGGGCUUGUGACCCGCAGGUUGGCCGGGGGGGGGGGGAUUCCAGCCGCAGUUGGGUUUAAUGUAUAGGCGAUUCUUAUACUGAAAACUAUAUAACCUCUACAGUGAGCAACUGAUUUUCGUCUGUUACAGUUUUCCUUUAUGCUUUCCAUUGUAGUAAAUCAUAUGGUACGUGGGUAUUUUUGCAUGUAACAGCGAGGCAUUGCAUUCCUGAGUUUGAAUCACUGCUGGCAUAGCACCGGCAGAUAAGUGUGAAGUGUGCUAAACAAAUGAAUACACAUCCCCAGGUGGUUUGUCAACAGCGACUAAUGGCCUACUGCGCGUUAUCAGCCAGUAGUAAUCACAUCGCAUCGAGGCUUUUUUUUUUUGGUAUGUACUCCACAAUCCUCGAGAUGUUUUUUAAAGUGAUACAGUUUCACAUGUGUACGAUGUUAAAACUGCGAUGACAUUGUCAGUGCACACAACACAGUGAUGCUGGGAAAAGGUUGAAUUAGAUUUUGAAUCUUUGGGGUUCUGUAAAUGAACUUAUUCUCGCUUUCGCGAGGACAGCUUGAUUCACUCGUCGUGCGAGUUGCAGCUGAUACACAAAGGGCGAUCUUCGACGAACAGCAACAGGAUUUUGAGGACUAGACAGAUUAUCUUCCAGCGCAUGUUUUUUUUUUUUAAGCCAGAGGGGAAGAAUAGUUUUGUUGUCCUUCACUAAUGUAGCUUUUGUUUGGCCUCGUAUGGUCAAGUACGUUCCUUGCUGCAGGGGUCAUAGGUGAAGCGCUCAGCACGUGUAUCAGAGGAUCGCACACAUGCCUUGUACGUCUGCUCGACGUGAUGCUGGUAGAGGCUUCGUUGUUUACGCUGGCAGUAAGGCAUGCCUAAGUGGCUUGUCAGCCAGGAGCGAAUGCACAGUCACCUGACUAGUGAAAGCUUGUUUUGAUCGUAGUUACAAUUUUGACGCGCUGGAAUCUUGUCUGGCUUUUUUCAGUCCGAAGGAGUGAGUUAUUGUACUUAGAGCUGUAAAAACAACUGUUGAAGAAGGCUAAUUUUGAGCCGACUGACUGAACGUUAAGAUAAGGUGUCACCUUUUUGCUUUUGCCACGCGCUUUUAUUGAAGUUUGAGAGACUUUUUUUCUUGCACUUCUUGCAUUUGCACUUAAAUUCUUAGGAUUUGAAAAACAUGGCCACUGAUUUUACCACGCAGAUAAUGUCGCUAUUGCUCUCGAAGACUAUACAUCUGGAACAUUUUACAUUUGUUUUGAUAAACAUCACUAAAGUUUUACAAACUUGCACCUUCAUGUCUGUGCAUACUGUUCCUCAACCCUUCACUCGAUGUUUUUUUUUUAAAAGUCCGCUUUAAAAAAUCGGACAAUGAAGUCAAUAAAGAGUUAGAACAUUUGUCCUUACCCUGCAAGUCGAAACAGGUGACUGAAUAUUUGAGUCAACUGACCUUGACAACUUCCGUUACCCGUUCUCUGCCAGAAACAUCUCCUCCCAAAAAUACACAAAAAGCAAAAAGAAACGUUAUUCAUUGGAGUUAAUUAUCUCCCAAUCAAGCGCAUAUACACCGCCAACUGCUAAACAUGUUUUUGUUACUGGUUGAGCAUCGAGGGUUGCUAUGGUCUUUUGAGAUAAAAAAAAAAAAAAAAUACGCGCGGAAUCAACUUGCUUCGCAAAGAAAUACGCGCUUUUUAUGUAAAUUGGGUUCUUUUGUGAUCGAGGCUACUCGACAUAGUUACAUUUGUUCAUUUUUGACUCCAUUGAUCUGGAGAUGACUUGUAAUUAAUUCUUGUUCGCAUGUUUAUAUUCUAAAGUUCAUUUACUGAAAGAAAAGCAAAAGCAACUGAUAGUAAACAUAUAAGUUUUGCUGUUUGUAAUAGACUAACUAUUCUUAUUGGUUUUAAGUGAUAUUUUUCAGUUAUAUGUUUACAUUCAUAAUUGACAUUUUGUUUUGGUCAUUUUGUGCGACAACAACAUGGAAACAGCCUGCAAACAUAAAAGUAAAACUGUAUGCAGAGAGUAUGUCAUUAUCAACGAGACUACUGUUACUUCUAGUAUGUAUCUCAUCUCGUCUCUCCUUUAAUGAGACAAAAGAUCUCGCACUUUUCAUAGUUAACGCGGCAUCUGCUCAUCAUCAGUAGAAAGACUUGAGCAAGUCCAGUCUGGAAAGCAGUAGGGUAUGAGCUAUCUCAUCAGCUGAUAUCUUUAAGAAGUUCGAUCUCAAGAGGUUUUUGGUAUUUCAGUCCUGACUCGUUCUCAUGCAGGUGUGCUUCUAUUUUAUUUGAUAAAACAAUGAUCACACACGAGUCCCAUCUCAGCACCAAAAUCAAGCUGUCGCUGGUGUUAUGUAACUGAAGUUUGCAUCCCAAAUCCAGAAUUAGCACAUGAACAUCGUCGAGCACGCCUGCGUUGAAAUAUACUAUUAGCGUCUCCUUAAACUUGUCAUAAGUUAAAAAAAAAUUGUUUCUGCUUCUUGGUACUGUACAGUCUUGUAAUAAGAUCCGAAUAGGCUGAACAAUGUGUUUACAAUAUCAAUGACAGACGUGCACGCCAGGAACCACUCAUGCUUAAUGUUUUUUUAAAGAUUUUAAAUGGACGUAUACGCAAUGCACACUGAACGCUACUUACUUUUUCAAGUCUUUAAUCGACUUACCAUCUUAAGCUGGAACAGAAUGAAAUCCUGCUUGACUGGGUUUUUUUGUCCAAUGACUAAGGCGAGCAAAGCCGACUUCGUCAGGUUAUUUCAAAGAAUGCUUGGUGCAGGAUAUGUCCAUUGGGGCGUUUACAGAUGAUUGCGUGUCACUCCAACAUGUUUGAAUGAUAUGCAGAAUAAAAUGCUGAUUUGUUUUGUAAGCUUGAGAUCUUGAGUUGCUCCAAGACCUCGAUGCUGAGUUUCUGAAAACGAUUAUAGUGCUGGUAGCGUUCGUCGGUUUGGGGUGCGCGCAUACGCUGGCAUGUGCUCAACAGAAGGCCUUGAUUGGAAAGAGAAAUCGAAUGUUUUUUUCCUAAGCAGAUGUUCACAAUUCUAGUCUUUUAAAUCUUAUUGCCUUAUCCUUUAUCAUGUUGACAUUGACCUUUAUUUAGUUCAUCAUCUUGGCACUUCACGGUUGACGAGAACGCUGACGUUCACAGAGAUGGUUUAUGAACAGCGACAGUCAAAAGUGGUUCUUGACGGUGACAGUCAAAGAUGGUUUGGUCAUUACUGUUGGCACUGUGAAUUCUUGAGUGACAGACUGAUGAUGUACAGUACAUUGAAAAGCGAAAGUCUUUCCGGGCAGUGUUGCCUAUGUUCAAAAAUAGCAAAAAAUACGUAGUGAUUUAUUUACGUAAAAAAAUUU